AUGUUCAAGAUCAUCGCUCUGACUGUCGCCUGCCUGGUCGUUGCUGCUUCGGCGCAAUACUGGGGUGAUGCCGGCUACGGAUACCAGGCUGAUCAUGGCCACCACGACUAUUACUCUCAUCCGAGCUACAAAUUCGAGUAUGGCGUAAAGGAUCAUCACACCGGAGACCACAAGAGCCAGUGGGAACACCGGGAUGGGGACGUCGUGAAGGGAGCCUACACUCUGGAGGAAGCUGAUGGAACCCACCGAGUGGUCGAAUAUUCCUCGGACAAGCACAACGGAUUCCAGGCUCAUGUCAAGCGCGUGGGUCAUGCCCAUCACCCGCAGGUCUAUGGUCAUCAUGGUGGUCACUACGGAGGCGGCUAUUCGCACGGUGCCGGAUACAGCUACAGCAAGCUGGAUCAGCAUUUCUAA